AUGGAGACCGACCCCGAAGAGGAACGGUUCAGACUGGCGAAUUCUAACGUGCAGCCGUCCGUCGAUAUCUUACUUCAUCCUUUGGUUUUGGUGAACAUAUCUGAGCAUCACACACGCGUAAAGGCACAAAAUGUGAUUCCAAGUGAUCCAGUUGUGGGUGCGCUGAUUGGUCGACAGCACGGUCGCAUACUUGAAUUGACAAAUUCGUUUGAACUUCCGUACCACAUCAUCGACGAUCACGUGAUUAUUGACAGGGACUACUUCAAUACUAGGGUGUCACAGUAUAAAGAAGUUUUUACUGAUGACGAUUUUCUCGGUUGGUAUUUGACAGGGGAACGACCGUUGCCGUCAGACGUAUACAUACAUCGACAGUUCUUUCCGAUGAACGAAAGCCCGGUUUUGCUGAGGCUGAAUCCGAAUUGCAAGCCUUCGCAACAAUUGCCGAUCAAAAUAUACGAAUCGAUCCUGGAUGUCGUCGAUGGAGAGACAUGCAUGCAGUUCGUGGAAUUGAACUAUUCGCUGAUUACGGAGGAGGCUGAACGAAUCGGUAUUGAUCACCUGGCAAGGCUAUCGAUUUCAGACACCCCGCAGGUUUCCCUGGUAACUGAGCAUCUAAAUGCCCCUUACGGGGCCGUAAGGAUGUUAUGUUCCCGACUUCGCCUGUUGGUGGCCUAUAUGAAGGCCGUUGAAGCCGGUACCUUACAACGAAACUACGACAUACUGCGCGAAAUCGCUGGCCUCUACCAUUCAUUGCCUAUCUUCGGCGGUCCUAACUUACACCAUCAGCUGAAUGUCUUGUGUACGCUGGUACCGGAUUUUAAUCGUUAUCCGUUCGGAUAUCGGGGUGUUGAGGUACGCAAAGAUGAAUCGUUGAAGACCAUGGCGGCGCUGAAAAAUUCUCGCAGGUGGUUUCAUCCGAACAUCACGGGAGUCGACGCCGAGCAGCUGCUGAUGACCCGCGGUUUCGACGGUUCGUUCCUCGCACGACCGAGCAGGUCAAAAGCCGGGGCGUUCACGUUGUCAGUUCGCAGAAACGGCAAGGUGACGCACAUCAAGAUUCAGAACACCGGCGAUUUCUACGAUUUGUUCAGUGGCGAGAAGUUUGCCUCACUUGCCGAACUCGUUCAGUACUACAUGGAAAAUCCCGAUCAGCUGCGCGAAAAAAACGGCGACGUCAUCACAUUGAAGUUCCCUCUGAAUGCCACCGAUCCGACGAACGAACGGUGGUUCCAUGGAAACAUUUCCGGUGCAGAGGCGGAGAAGUUGUUGAUGGACCAAGGGCGAAACGGCAGUUUUCUUGUUCGGGAGAGUCAAAGCACUCUGGGUGACUAUGCAUUGUCAGUCAGACUCGAAGACCGCGUCACUCACAUCAUCAUUCGUUGCCAAAACGGAAAGUUUGACGUUGGUGGAGGAGACGAUUUUGAUUCGUUGGCCGAACUUGUUGACUACUACCGCCGAUCACCGAUGGUGGAAACGUGCGGCACCGUGGUGCACCUCAAAUACGUACGUAACAAUAAUUCGUAA